UGUGUGUCGACCCUCACUCGGAAGCGCAGUUUUGCGGGAAGUUUGGAGAGGAAGAGCUGUUACAACCUGCUAGUUACCCGCGAAAAGUAAAAUGCCACCCAAGGCCAAAGCAAAUGGGGUGAAAAAAGCAAGAGCUCCACCUAAGAGGAAACUGGCUGAAGAAUUUCCACCUGGAGAAGUCCUAACAGACAAUGCAAAGAAAAGAUGGAAACUCGGGCAGCCUGUUGGGAAAGGAGGUUUUGGCCUGCUGUAUCUUGCAAAUGAAGAUUCCUCUGGAUCUGUCGGAGCGAAUGCAUCUUAUGUCAUUAAAGUGGAGCCAAGUGACAAUGGCCCUCUGUUCUCUGAACUGAAGUUCUACAUGCGAGCUGCCAAGCCUGAUCUAAUUGGGGCUUGGAUAAAAUCAAGGAAAGUCGACUAUUUGGGAGUUCCAAAAUAUUGGGGUUCUGGUUUUCAUGAGAAAGGUGGCAAGAGAUAUAGAUUUAUGGUGAUGGAUCGGUUCGGAACUGAUCUGCAGAAAAAGUUUGAGGAAAAUGGGAGGAAGUUUCCAAGGAAACUGGUUCUUCAGCUGGGGAUCAGACUUCUUGAUAUUUUAGAGUACAUCCACGAACAUGAAUAUGUGCACGCAGACAUCAAAGCCUCCAACCUUCUCCUGUCCUACACCAACCCAAAUCAGGUGUAUUUAGUCGAUUACGGAUUGGCCUACAGAUACUCGCCCGAAGGCAAGCUGAAGGAGUACAAAGAAGACCCAAAGAGGUGUCAUGACGGGACCAUUGAGUUCACUAGUAUUGACGCCCACAAAGGAGUGUCUCCCUCAAGGAGAGCAGACCUUGAAAUCAUGGGCUACUGCAUGAUCCAGUGGGUUUGUGGCCGCCUGCCCUGGGAGGACAAACUUGAGGACCCCCUGUAUGUCAAAGACUCUAAACUGAGGUGUAGAGAGAAUAUCGAUGAGUUCAUGAAAACGUGUUUUAACACAGAAAGUAAACCAGAUGAGCUGGGGAAGUUCAUGCAAGAGGUCAAGUCUCUUGAAUACACUGACAAACCAGAUUAUGCAAAGUUACAAAGCAUUUUGCAGCAAGGGCUGAAGAGCAUGGGUGCGUCUGAUGACAAAAAACUGGACUUCACAGUGUUGGCCAAUGUCAAAAGCCUGCCUUCUGUCAAGAAGACUCUGAAACGAAAGAAGGUGGAGGAGAAAAGCCAGUCUAAUGAUGACGCUGAUGAAACCCCUGCAAAGAAGAUACGAGCUCCUCCGAAGAAGGCAGCAGCGAAGAGGACGGCGAGAACCGUAAAGAGUCCGGCGAAAGAGAAACCUGAGGCCUCACCUGAGCCCGUGGUCAAGAAAAGCCGGGGAAGGACUAAGAAGAACUCUUAAUCCUCUUCGAACUCUAGUCGAAGUUGUUUUCUUUUUGUAUCUUUUAAAUUUUAUGGUCUGUAUUUGUUCUCUGUGGUUGUAUUUUUCUUCAGCAGGAUGUUGGGCACGCUUUCUCACAGUGAAAUAGUAAUAAAUAAGGGAAAAAAAUUCGA